UUUUUUUUAAAAGAAAAAGAAAAACUCAUCUUCUUGGACUCUUGCCGUUGCUUCAAAGCCAAACAAAUUGUACGCAGAAACUGCAACCAGACAUAUAACUCGUUUCUCCAUGGCUACUCCUUUAGCUUCCUCUCAAUAUUUAUCUCUCUUUCUCACCACAAAUCACUAUCGCUCAAAACAACCAUUUCCUCCUUCACUUCCCAAUGGAGUCCAAAACAUUCGGAAUCAUUAUCGACACAAUUUGCAGAAAUCUUUCGCACCCAUUAGAGUUUUUAAACCCGAUACAAGGUUCUUGCCGAUGGAUUCUCAAGAGAGUUGUACUACUCGAAUUAUUUCUGCCAAAUCCAUUGGUUCAGAUGGCCCUGUUGCUUCAUCUUCCACUCCUUCUCAAUCUGUGUUUGGGAUUUUGCAUUUACUUGUUUCGCUUGGGAUUAUUCUUGCAACGGAUAAGUUAUUGAAAAAGGCGUUUGUUGCUGCUGCUAUUAAGUUCCCAAGUGCUUUAUUUGGCAUGUUUUGCAUAUUCUCAGUUCUAAUAAUCCUUGAUUCUACCAUUCCUGCUGCUGCAACAAGCUUAAUGAACUUCUUCCAGCCAGCACUUUUGUUCAUACAGAGAUGGCUUCCAUUAUUCUAUGUUCCUUCACUAGUUGUUUUGCCACUUUCUGUAAAAGAUAUCCCUGCAGCUUCAGGAGCCAAGAUUUGCUUCAUCAUUGCUGGGGGUUGGUUUGCUUCACUUUGUGUUGCAGGAUUCACAGCUAUUGCUGUAAGGAAAAUUGUGAAGACAGAAAUGACUGGUGCCGAGCCAAUGGAAAAACCUUCUCCAUUUUCUUCAAUAGAAAUAUGGUCCUGGAGUGGGAUCUUCCUUUUAUCAUUUAUUGCUGCACUAUUUUAUCCAACUUCUCUGGGGACAACUGCUCGAACUUGCCUUCCUUUUCUUCUAUCGUCCACUGUGUUAGGCUACAUGGUUGGUUCUGGGCUACCUUCUAGUGUGAAGAACGUUUUCCAUCCUAUUAUUUGUUGCACACUUUCUGCAGAACUAGCAGCAUUGGCUUUUGGAUAUCUUUCUAAAUCUGGACUUGAUCCUGUUCUAGGAUAUUAUCUUACAAAAGCGUCUUCCAAUCCUGGAGCUGGUGAUGUACUGAUGGGAUUUUUGGGUUCUGUUAUUCUUUCUUUUGCCUUCUCAAUGUUCAAGCAAAGAAGGCUAGUCAAGAGACAUGCAGCUGAGAUUUUCACAUCUGUCAUUGUUUCGACAAUUUUCUCAUUAUAUUCAACAGCUCUCGUUGGACGUCUUGUUGGGUUAGAACCAACUUUGACUGUAUCCAUUCUGCCCAGAUGUAUCACCGUUGCAUUGGCUCUUAGCAUAGUAUCAUUAUUUGAAGGUGCUAACUCAUCACUCACAGCAGCAGUAGUUGUCGUAACUGGUCUUAUUGGAGCAAAUUUUGUGCAAACGACACUUGAUAAACUUAAGUUUCAGGAUCCUAUUGCUCGAGGAAUAGCAACCGCUUCCAGUGCUCAUGGACUGGGAACAGCAGCAUUGUCAGCUAAGGAACCUGAGGCUCUACCAUUUUGUGCCAUAGCUUAUGCUCUUACUGGUAUAUUUGGCUCAUUAAUUUGCUCAGUUCCAGCAGUUAGGCAAAGCUUAAUUGCAAUUGUUGGGUAAGAUGUAUUCAUUAUUUUGGCUUUUCUCAUCAUCCUCUCUCUGCAUCAAGUCUUUCUUCUUUUGCUCUGUAAAGCUUAGCCAAUCCCUGUUAUUGGUAGCUAGGUGCAUGAUCUAUAUUUGUUAAUAUUAGCCUUGACUUAAAAGCUAGGUGCAUCCAUUUAUUUAUUUAUUUCCUUCUUGGCCAUUA